GUGACUGCCUAGAAAACUGCAUAGCCUACCAACAUCUGAUGAAAUUAGCAAGUCAGCAAGUUAGCCAUGUCUUACACUCCAGGGAUCGGAGGGGACCCUGCCCAGCUGGCCCAGCGCAUCUCUUCCAACAUCCAGAAGAUCACUCAGUGUUCCGUGGAAAUACAAAGGACACUGAAUCAACUUGGAACACCUCAAGAUUCACCUGAAUUGAGGCAACAGCUGCAACAGAAGCAGCAGUAUACUAACCAACUUGCCAAAGAAACAGAUAAGUACAUUAAAGAGUUUGGAUCUCUGCCCACCACCCCCAGUGACCAGCGUCAAAGGAAAAUACAGAAGGAUCGCUUAGUGGCCGAAUUCACAACAGCACUGACAAACUUUCAGAAGGUCCAGAGGCAAGCAGCUGAGAGAGAGAAAGAAUUUGUUGCUCGAGUAAGAGCCAGUUCGAGAGUGUCUGGCGGUUUUCCUGAGGACACCUCAAAAGAAAGGAAUCUUGUAUCCUGGGAAAGCCAAACACAGUCUCAAGUGCAAGUGCAGGAUGAGGAGAUUACAGAAGAUGACCUCCGCCUUAUUCACGAGAGAGAGUCUUCUAUCAGGCAGCUUGAAGCUGAUAUUAUGGAUAUUAAUGAAAUAUUUAAACAUUUAGGAACGAUGAUCCAUGAACAGGGAGAUGUGAUAGAUAGCAUAGAAGCCAAUGUAGAAAGUGCAGAAGUUCACGUUCAGCAGGCAAAUCAGCAGCUGUCCAGGGCCGCAAAUUACCAGCGCAAAUCCAGGAAAACCCUGUGCAUCAUCAUUUUUGUCCUUGUCAUUGCAGUUGGGAUUGUCAGUCUCAUCAUAUGGGGACUGAAAGGCUAAAGUUACACAGGAGAGCACCACUGCACUACGCUGUCUAGGUUAUGUAGGAAGAUGCUGUAAUCAUGUUUUUAUUACUGUUUUAAAUCUAUUGCAAAGGAUGUUUCCCAUACUUAAUUAUUUUUACGGGGGGUUUCCUUUGGAUUAAAUUUGAUAUUUUCUAAUACUGAACGUUUUUCUAAGUAUCACUGCUAGCAUAACUGUCAUGCUUUUUAAUUUAAUAACUGUAGGGUUUCUGCCCACAAUGCACAUGCCUUUCAUCUAUAAUUUAUUUACUCAUUUGACUUUGGAAAUUAGUAAGCUUAAAGAUAUGUGUAUUCUAUGUGUUAAAAUCUAAUUUUGAUUAGAGCCAGCAGAAAAAAUAUUCUGAGUAAUUUAAAAAAUUAACAUAUCUGUCUUUACUUAUUUUCCAGUCUGCAGUAGCACAAAUUAUAUAUUUUGCUUUUAUUGUUGGAUUUCUUUUAAGACCCUUGUUUUCUCUGAAUAAAAUCAGUGAAUAGUUUCUGGGAAUAUCUUACGCUUCUGAUAUGUAUAUAUUAAGCAUUUGUUGUAGAUUGCCAAGUAAAAAUAAUUGGGCCAGGUUGUUCUUAUGUAUGGUCUGUCAAAGUCUGAUAUUUACUAGGAGAAGUGUAGAUACUGUAAAUGUUUGAAUGUAAUUUGGAGGAAGAAUGUUAAAAAAAAAUCCAUACUGCUUUCUAUUCUGUUUAGAUUCUAGAAUCCAGCUUGUUUUUCCACUGAACUAUCUGAACAGUACCAUCUGGUUUUGUGGGCCAUAAUUUACUUUCUCUUAUGCCUAAAAAAUAAUGACUACAUAUGUAUCUUUGGUCAGAUUUACUUUUAGGAAGUAACUUUCCCACAAUUAUUGUUUCAAGCACCUAAUGCUUACAAUGUAUUGUUUACAUUGGAUGCCAUUUUGUACCAUCCUUCAUUGGAAAAGAAACUAGAUGUUUGUCACUUAACUCACUUGCCUUUUUAAAAUCAAAGUUGUUUUAAUGCACUAUUCUGAAUACUGUAAAGAAGAUUAUCUUAGUUUGUAGUUUGUAUUUUAUAGUGUUCUUGUAUAGCAGUUUGGUAGUGAAGACAUUGUUUGACAUGGCAAGCUCUGACACUUCAAAUGGGAACAAAUAAAAUAUUAAGUAAAUAAAUAAAUUGUAUCCUUGCAACCGAAACAAAGAAGAUUUAAAAGGUGACUGGGUAGGUCUGUAUCCUGAGGAGUAUGCAUUCCUGGCACCAGUGCUCACUUCACGCUCUCCAUGCUGUGCCGGCAGAUCUCUACCCUGGAGAUGUAACCACACGCGCUGUGGUUGUACAUUCUGCAUCUGUUUGAUUCACCAGGUUACUCAAAAGUCUUUAUUUUGGGAAUAUUCAACAGUUUUGUCACUGACAAGUAGAAACUGCUUUGCAUGUCAACAAAACUUUUUUUGUGAGUGGGACUUUGAGACCGUGUUGCCAGAGCAAAGUUGCUUUAGUAAACAGGAUGGGCGAUGCAUAGAAAAUUCCUAUAAAUACUCCCUGACCCUCAGGCCUACUGGAACAUGGUCUUUCAUUGUGAGUUUUUAAUGCAGCAUGCUGGCAUCUUCUGGCUACAUACAUGUACCAGUGGUAUCCACGGAUCAAUUCAGUUUUCCCCCAGACCUCUAUUUGAUAAAAUGUUUAGUCUCAACCCAGCCAAUUGCAUGUAGUUCUCUUAAUUUCACAGUGAAUUCCUUGUAACAACAAAAGCACUGGAAAGAACGUCUUUGGCAUUUAAGUGACUUUAUUUGAAAUGCAAUCAUUUAUAAAUUAACGGGAACACCAGUCGGUGAAUUAAAGAAGGAGGGUUUGCAUUCUUUUAAGAAGCAUUAAUUUCAAGACAAAAAUGUGCACAAAAUAUUGGAACACAAAAUGAAUAGUUCUAAGUGAAAAAUAAUAGCCAAAUUUUAAAAAAUACUGGUUUUUCUUUAGAUCAUUUUUAGAAUUGCUUUGAAACAUGAAGGUUGCACUGUGGAAGAUAAAAAUGUAGAUUUUUUUUCAUGACUGGACAGUGUGUCUGAAUUUGUUUGAUUCCAUCUGAAGAACUUUCCCAAGUGACACACGUUUACCUCAUUAUGCUCAAAAGAGGUCCUUGAGCAACACGGAUGAAGAUUAAGUAGGUUCUUAAAGGACAUGAGAUUAUCUGGCUGUCAUAUUAUUUAUUAAAUAUUUUGAAAGUGUUUCAGCUUUGCACAGUGACAGUAAAAAGUAACGGGUGCCACUAUGAUAGGGGCCUGGGAUGCUCUAUAAAAUAAGUAUGCCUAGGGCACAGGAGCCUGACCCAGACAGCAGAGCAUGGCGCAGCUCUGGAGUUGGGCUCACUCAGCACUCGGCGGGCCUGUCACCAUCUGCCCUGGGGACCAGCAGCACCGCACCUGAGCAGCCUGCCACCGGGCCAUUCAAUGUCUUCACUGCUUUUGUUCAAAAUGGUAAAAUCUUGUGUGCAAAAUGUUGUGUUUUGAAAACCAGUCAUUGUAGAUGUAUCUAUAAUGAAAAUAAAAGUGACUUUGAAGGCUUCCUAUUCCAUGAAAAAGGUCUGUGGCUUAGCAGGGAAUAUGCAGAGUAGUUUUUGUAGUUGGUAUAAUUUUUAUUUGUUAAUGUAGAGAAAUUAAUGUCAUAAUAAAAUUAAAACCUGUGUAAAGAAAAUAGUCACU